AUUUUUACCUGUCCACAGCCAUAGUUAUCAUCACUGUUGAAUUCACUUCCAGCCCAGGGCUCUGCAUACCUUAUCUGGGUCUUUUGAACUUCAAUAGCAUUUCACCAGUGGCCAUCCUUCCUGGUGUGGAUUCAUCACUCUGCCUCUGAAAUCAGCCAUCCCUAUGGGAAGACACAGCCAUGAUUUUUCAGUACUCAUAAUACAGCCAGGACUGGUGGGAGCAACUGUCCCAGAUGGUGUUUAAACCCCUUAGGAGCUCAUGAUCUUGUUGGAAAGCCAGUAAGACAGAACCAUACAGGACACAAAUUAGAUGCUAAAUUGUGAUUUAGAUAGGAGACAGAAGUAUUCAAAAAGGAGGGAAAUUUCUUGUGAGUAGCUACCCAGAAAGGUGGAAUUGGUGUGCUCUCACUUGAAAAAUGAGUAGGAUCUUCUCAGAUGGCCACAAAGUCCAGGAGCUGCCCUGGGCAACAGGGACAGGAGCCUCCCUUGAGACACUGCAGCUGAGACAGACGGGAGUCCUCUGACCCCAGAGGGUACUGGCUUGACUGCUUUAUGCCUUAAGUGGGGCCUGGAGCAAAAUGGCCCAGGUGCACCCUGACAUCGGCAUCUCUGCCAAGGCCAUGAGCAUCAUGAACUCGUUUGUAAACGACGUGUUUGAGCAGCUGGCGUGUGAGGCUGCCCGGCUGGCCCAGUACUCGGGCCGGACCACCCUGACAUCCCGAGAAGUCCAGACGGCUGUGCGUCUGCUGCUGCCUGGUGAGCUGGCCAAGCACGCUGUGUCCGAGGGCACCAAGGCUGUCACCAAGUACACCAGCUCCAAGUGACCCAGGGUCUGACAAAAAUAAAGGGUGAACUGUU